GUGACUAUCUCUGUGGAUGGGAUCCUGACCACCUCCGGCUACACCCAGGAGGAUUACACCAUGCUGGGAUCAGAUGACUUGUUCUACAUCGGCGGGAGUCCCAACACGGCUGACCUCCCUGGCUCCCCAGUCAGCAAUAACUUCAUGGGCUGUCUCAAAGACGUAAGUACCUCAACAGGGAACUCUGAUCUGGGUAUGCACACUGUCACAGGGCAUCUGUUGAGCUGUGAUACUUGGCCGCAAGUGGAUCUUCCAGCAAGACAUUAACCCAAGCACACAUGAAAAUCCACAAAGAAUGCUUAAUUGACCACAAAAUCAACAUUGAAAACCUAUGGUUUGAAUUGAAGAGGGCAGUCCAUAAGCACAGACAAAGGAUAUCAAGGAUCUGGAAAGAUUCUGUAUGAAUUAUCUAAUAUUUCUCCCAAUGUGUUCUCCAAUCUCAUAUUUUUUUGGUGAAAAAGACUGUGUCCUUAUACUCGUAAGGGGAGGGUGCUGGAGUAUUGAAAACAGCGGAUCCAAUCAUUUUUACCCCUAUAUAUUUUUUGGUUAUUACUUGUUAAACAAAAUAUAUUUAUCUGAGCAAUUGUAUUAGUAUUAAAUAAUACAAGUGUUAAAUUUUUCUGAGCAUACAAUAUACAGUAGCUCAGUAUUUUUAUUAUUUAUUUAAUACAGUUUUUUUGCUCAUGUUUAUCAAGCGAUCCAAUGAUUUUGGACCCCACUGCAUAUUGUUGAGCCUGUGAUGAAAUAGAUGUAACCCUAACCCUGAUAUGUAUUCCUCCAAUAUCUAUCACUCAAUGUUACACUGUAACAGGCAUCAGGAGUCUGUAUCAGUAUGAUUGAUACUACCAAAAAAGAGAGAGAUAUUGAGUGUCAACUGAGAUUUUUACUCUUUUGUACUUUUGCACCUAUGGCUGAAAUAGACUCUCCAGCUUGCAUUUUUUAUACUGUGGUUCAUUUCUUAUUCUCAUGAGAUUUAUUUUUUGGCCUGGCAAUUACUGGUAAUGGUAUCGUGUGAAGCCAAGCUGCUGCCUAGUGUAUUUUGAUUCAGAGAGACACUAAAGUUCUCACCCUGGAGCAGGGCGUCAGUCAGCUUUUGACGGCAAGUGCCGUUGGUGUGAAAAUGAAAAACAUGUUCAGCUGUGCCUGCCUACUGCCUUCAUCUGUACAUGGGAACAGUGCACAUAUAACAGACAGACAGACACAGAAAGGCAGACAUGCAGACAGACAGACAGGAAGACAGACAGACAGACAGACAGGCAGACAUGCAGACAGACAGACAGACAGACAGGCAGACAUGCAGACAGACAGACAGACAGACAGGCAGACAUGCAGACAGACAUGCAGACAGACAGACAGACAGACAGACAGGACAGGCAGACAGACAGACAUGCAAACAGACAGACAGACAGACAGACAGACAGACAGACAGACAGACAGACAGACAGACAGACAGACAGACACAGACAGGAAGAUUCUCUUUAUGAUCUGAUGGUUUGUAUUGAGUCAUGUACUCUGUAAUGUCUGGAGUGGAUGUCUAGUUAUGAUUAUUAGCAUUAUGUAUGUUGUUGGUUGCAGUCUGUCUGUAAAAAAUGAUACCAAAUGAUACAGUGGAAUCUUUUGUCGCAUUUCCCUCUCAGCUUUCAGCUCAAGGUUGAUAGAGAGAAACCGUUUCAAUGAAUGACAAAUUGUUGCAUGAAUUCUAAGGUUUGGUAUUGAGUACAAUUGCAGAAAAGAGUGAGGAUUGAGGUAAAUAACAGCACAGAAAGUGUUCUCUCCGCAGCCACCCACUCAGUGACAGUCCUGUUCCCUGUUCCUGUCCCCUGUCCCUAUAGGUGGUUUACAAGAACAAUGAGUUCACACUGGAGCUGUCUCGUCUGGCUGCAGAGCGGGACCCUCAGGUCAGUUUUCACGGUGACCUGACCUUCCGCUGUGAGGACGUGGCCGCCCUGGAGCCGGUCACCUUCGACACGCCUGCCGCCUACCUCACCCUGCCCAGGUGGAACACCAAGAAGACUGGCUCCAUCUCCUUUGACUUCCGUACCACGGAGCCCAGCGGCCUGCUGUUGUUCAGCUACGGGGACGGACGUCUGCAGGGCCCAGACAGACAGCCGGACAGGUAUGCCCGGGCUGAUUACUUUGCCAUGGAGCUAAUGGACGGCUUCCUCUACCUGGUGAUGGACAUGGGCUCUGGCAGCAUCAAGAUGAAGGCCAGCAACAAGAGGGUCAACGAUGGGGAGUGGUGCCACGUGGACUUCCAGAGGGAGGGGCGCAAGGGUGAGAGGAAGCACACAUGAUGGUUCUGAUAAGCUCUGAUUGGCCUGUUAGGUGUGAUUGAAAAAGGCUUCAACCAAUGAGCCGCACGGGGCCGUGUCCCAUAGUGAGAUGUCGAAGAGUCGACUAAAAGAGAACCAGGGGCGUAUACAGUAACUCUGGUCCUGCAGACGUACUGUACCAGAAAUGUAGGAGUUAAAUUCUACUGGCUUGUGAAAUUACAUUUACUAUACCUUAAUCUUCAUGUUUCUUCACUGCAUUUAGAGAUGCUGCGUGCAUAUCCAGUUUUAAUUACAGUCUUAUUUUUAGCAGUUAUAAUCUAUGUAUGACAUUUUGUAAAUUGCCUUAACCUAUUUCGCAAGUGGCCAAUUAUACUGUCACCUACCUCGUGGGGAAAUGUCGAGCCCAGUGAUUCCAGCCGGUUUGCUUACAGCUUAUUGGUAAUAGAGAAUUAUGCUAUGACAAAGAUCUGAUAUAUUCCUCUUCAUUAGUCAUUUCACAGUUUUACACCUGGUGUACCUUGUGGAUAUCCUCUUCUGUUUGAUUUUAAAUCCCAAUGAAUAGCUAGAUCCACUGUCUCUAUCACAUCCUCCAAUAGCAACACAGGAACUCACACUCUCACUUCAUUUUCCUACUUCUCCACCAACACUCAUUACUCACACACACCUGCACAUCUUCUCAAACACACAUACAGUGAGGUGAGACAGCCUUGAUACUAGUUGACUCACUCUGACUGUCUUGCCUUCAGGCUUUAUCUCAGUGAACAGCCGCAGCACACCAUUCUCUGCUAAUGAAGGCAAUGAGAUCUUAGACCUGGAUGGUGAUAUGUACCUGGGGGGUCUGCCCGAGGCACGCCAGCGCCUCAUCCUCCCCCCAGAAGUCUGGACGGCCCCCCUCAACCUGGGCUAUGUGGGCUGCAUGCGGGACCUGUUCAUGGAUGGGCGGAGCCGGGACCUGAGGAGACUGGCUGAGAUCCAGAGAGCCUCUGGAGUCAGCAGCUUCUGCACCAGAGAAACCCACAUUAGGUGUGGCAGAGACAUCUGUGGCAACGGUGGGCAGUGCCGCGAGGGCUGGAACCGUCAUGUGUGUGACUGCACCAGCACGGGCUACCUGGGCCCCAACUGUGACAGUGGUGAGAGAGAGGGACAGCGGGAUGGGGAAACUGUGAGAGUGGUGAGAGAGGGGGACAGCGGGAUGGGGAAACUGUGAGAGUGGUGAGAGAGGGGGACAGCGGGAUGGGGAAACUGUGGGUGAGAGAGGGGGACAGCGGAUAGGAAACUGUGAGAGUGGUGAGAGAGGGGGACAGCGGGAUAGGGAAAACUGUGAGAGCGGUGAGAGAGGGGGACAGCGGGAUGGGGAAACUGUGAGAGCGUGGGAUGUGAGAGGUGAGAGAGGGGUACAGCGGGAUGGGGAAACUGUGAGAGUGGUGAGAGAGGGGGACAGCGGGAUGGGGAAACUGUGAGAGUGGUGAGAGAGGGGGACAGUGGGAUGGGGAAACUGUGAGAGCGGUGAGAGAGAGGGACAGUGGGAUGGGGAAUGUUGCUCUGGUUGAAAUGAUACUGCAAAGCUUUUAAAACAAGUUUUAGGAUAUUUCAUACAGACAAUGGAGAUUAAAUCACUUUUUAUGUGAGUCAUUCAAGGGGUAACUUCCCACUCCAUUAGUGAUCUGUUAGUGAAGUGGCUGUACGUGAGGAAUAAAUUGCUGAAUUGCCACUCACUGCUGGGUAUCAGUAAUUCAUCAGUAUUGCGGUGCACUCUCCAUAAGUCUAAAUCACCCUGCAUCUACCACAGAGAUCUUUCUCACAGAGAGAUGAGGAGCCCCAUUGUGAAGGCAUUUGGCUGAAAACAUUAUGAGGGAUAUCAAUGGAAUCCUCAUCCUAUUUGUGGCCUGAAUAUACAUCUAUGAGAGGAGGAUGAUUAGAGAGGCAUCAUAUAACAGAGCUGGGGGAUAUAUUACAGGCUUUUCCUGCCAUCUAGUGUUGCUGCAGGAAACUCUCACCAACAGGCAUACAAGGAAAAACACUGUUCUAUAUUUUUUCAGCAAAGAUUGCAUCUGAAAUAUCAGUUAAAAUAAUAUUAUCUUACAUUGAUUUCUUAUUUUAUUCUGAAUAAUGCGCUUAUUCAGUGUUGAGUGUAGGAAAAGGUUCUCUACUGUAUGGGAACAUUUGCGACCAAAACAUUAGCUAACCCUGUUUCCCUGUCUUUGGGUGUCACACACAGAGGCCACGGUGCUGAGCUACGACGGCAGCAUGUAUCUGAAGGUGACGCUGCGAGUGAGCAUGCACACGGAGGCCGAGGACGUGGCGCUGCGCUUUAUGUCCCAGAGGGCCUUUGGGCUGCUGUUGGCCACCACCUCCCAGGACUCAGCUGACACCCUGCGUCUGGAGCUGGACGCGGGCCGGGUCAAACUCACCGUCAAUCUG